AUGCGCGUCUCCGCGCCCGGCUCCACUGUCCGUUUUGGACAGGUCGAGAUUCGAGGCGUCCAGCAAGUCAUUGAGUUCGAAGCCAGAGCUAGAGACCAUCAAUUCGACAGAAGAACGCGCCAUGGCCAACAAAAGACUGAGGCAGUCUCGCCCGAAGCCAUCGAAGCCAUCCAGUCCAGGACGGCCAUCGUCGUCCCGUGCAAGGACGAGCCAAUCAGUCGCAUUGUCAACGUCUGGGCUGGGAUCCCGGCAAGCAGCCUCCUCAUCUCCGUCUCAGCCUCCACAGAACAUGCGUACGCCUGUGAGAGGGACACGCUGGCUCAGUUCUGCCGUGACACUGGACGAAACGGCAUUAGCGUCCACCAGCGCGACCCCCAGCUCGGCAAGGCUCUGAGGGAGAUCGGUAUGACGACGCUGCUGAGAAAUGACGGCCGCGCCCACGAGGGCAAGGGCGAGGCGCUGGUCAUCGGGAUUGCUCUCGCUGCCACUGCGUCAGGCCCUGGGGCUGCCGACGAGACCGACCCGUCUGCCCAGACUCGCAUCCAUCAGGAGUGCCACGGGCACAACAAGAACGGCGAAAGAAAUGGCAGGAUCAAGGAUCAAGCGCCAAAUGUGCGGUGUGGCCGCGGCGGGCCGCGUGGCACCAUCAACGGAAACGGGCAGCACUGCGGCGGCACCUGCGCGGCCACAGACAGCGGCACUUACCGUCACAAGCAAUCUCGUGGCUACGCCGCCAAGAAUGGUGGUCGUACUAGCUACUACAAGUAUAUCGGCUUCAUAGACGCGGACAACUUUGUCACCGGCAGUGUCUCGGAGUACUGCAAGGCCUUCAGUACCGGGUUUCACCUCGCUUCGGCGCAGGAUACCAUGGUACGUAUUAAUUGGGGCAGCAAGCCAAAGGUGCACAACGGCCAGAUCGUUUUUAAGACCUCGGGCCGGAGCAGUGAGGUUGUGAACCGGCACUUCAACCGAUUUCUCGGCCAGCUAGAGACAAGGAGCAAAUGCAUCAUCAGCGGCGAGGCCUGCGAGCGCGUCAACAACGACAAUGGCGGAAUGGAGCUGCAACACAUUUGCACUGGCAAUGCAGGGGAGCAUGCGAUGACCAUGUCGCUGGCGCUGAAGCUGCGCCUGGCAAGCGGCUAUGCUAUUGAGCCCUUCCACUUCCUAGACAUCUUUGAGCGCUUUGCUGGCGAGGACAAAGUCAAAACACCGCCGGCCUCAUCCGUCCCAGAGAUGCAUUCAACCAUCUCCUCUUCAUCUUGCUCUCCAUUUUGGGCUACCCCUGACACUUCACCCGUCUCAUCCCCAAUGUCGGACGCAGCCAUGAGUGCCUCGCCGCUGCCUCUUACAAGCAGGGCUACCGCGAUGGCUGUUGACCCGCGACCACUAGCACACAGCUCCGAGGAACCUACUGCGAUUCCCAAGGUACAGAUUCUCCAGAUCCGUACUAUGAACCCACACUUCCACGAUACUGACAAAGGGGAGGCCCAUAUCACGCGCAUGUGGACGCAAGGCCUCUCGGCCAUGUACCACAGCCCAUUGAUGGCGAACUUUCCUGACUUCAAACAAAGCCUCUGGGAUGCCAUCCUAGAAGGGAAAGUUGGGAAAGUUGGGAACGUUCAACAGGACAGUGGCACAAAGCAUGACCACUUCCCACCCACCCCGCCAUUCACUGCAUCUGUGUCUUGCUCGAUGAGUCCUCCCUCUGACCACGACCAGGUGGUGGCUAACGGGGCCAACUUCGAGCCUGCGGAAUGCAGGAUCUAUCCGCCCGCCGGAGACUUUGACUUGGCCAGGCUGAGGGACAUGCUACUGCGCGACAGCGAGCUCUUCUGGUGGUCGGGUGACCCUGAGGACGACCAGGAGGACGUAGACUACAUCGAGUACACUGAUUCAUAUGCACAGGACACCACGGCUGGCAUCUUCGCCAGGGAUGAACCUGUCCAAGAAAGGCCGCUACAGCAUGUGUCUAGGAGAGACUCUGGUGUCGACUUUGGCAUGGACGGCGCCGAGCUGCACGGGGCCACUGAUAACAACAGUCUGGGCAUGAUGCAUGCCGGAGAUGUCUUCCUGAGCAACACCAAGAAUAACAUCAGCAUCAACGCCUUUCCUGUCCAGGGACCCAUCUGCUAG